AUGAUUAAAGCUGAUAUAGAAUCAUUUGGUCUAUUAGAUGCAUCAGUAGCUAAAAUCUUAGAAAUACAAAUGGAUACCGAAUAUGAUCGUCGACAACACGAAUUAAAUACCAAGGCUAAAAUCAAUAUUAGUGAAGGGAACCUUAUUACAGCGAAGAAUACAGCUGAUACGAAUUUAAUUACUGCACACAAACAAGCCGAAGGACAUAAAUCUAUGAUUGAACAAGAAACAGUAGUUUUAUCCGAACAAUUAAAGAACGAUUAUAACCUGGUUGUUCAAUAUUUAUUAGGUAGCCGAAUAUUUGAUAAAUUACAAACUAUUGCCAAUGGCAAAAAUAGUUUAACGUAUUCUGUUAAUAACCAAACAGUAGACAUACAUCGUCUCAAAAGCUUAGCGGAUCUUCAAAAACAAAUUCAGAAUAAUUGA